ACAGGCGGCCACAGUGAGAAUAAUGCUUAAGCUGCUGGUGAUAUUAACAACCUCAACAUGCUUAUUUUCGACUGUUAAUUCUGGUGUGCCAAUUGGAACUGGUGGUCCGUCAAUAAUAUACGAAGGUAAAGAUGCAUUACUUACAUGCGUGGUAUCAGAAAACCGCUCGAACAAUACAGUUAUAUGGAAGAAAUCGGGAGAAAUUCUGACAGCUGGUAUGGUGCGCGUCUCCAGCGAUUCUAGAAUAAGUGUACUACACGAUGAGAAUCCGCGUGGUCGAAUUGGUGGUUCAGGUGGGGAAGUUUGGGUAUUACUAAUAAAAAGACUUAAAUCUACAGAUUCUGGUAGUUAUAUAUGCGAAUUAAAUUCUGAACCUGCGUUACGCAGUAUACACAUAUUAACUGUUAAACAAUUGCCGUCAAGUAGUACGAAUAGCACAGUGAUAGAAACAACAGAUUCUAGUGAUUUGUUCUUAGUACCACCACCACUUGACGCCACAGAUAAUCGUUCCUUCUGGCGUCCCAGCAUACCACCACAAAUUACACACGAUUUCACAGAAUGCUGUGAAAGAGGUAAUGUUACAUCGGAGUGCAUGGGCUUCUGUAAUGUGCACAAUAUACUCGAUGGCACAACAGGCGUUGAACCAGAAGCAUGCGAAAAAGAUUUUCCCAGUAUUGUGCGUUGCAUGGCUGAUGGACGCAACCAUGUGCCAUGUUGUGUGGAAAAACAAAUACCAGAUUUGUGUCAAGAUAUGUGUCGUGGUGAGUACACGCCAUUCACUGACCACCUCAAGACACGCGUGUCGUGUGUGCAUCACACAUUAAGUGGCUUACAAUGCAUAUUGCAAGGCGUACAAAUGAUACCAAGCAUGCCGGUAGCAGUUUCAGCCACCAAUAUUACAGAAAAUUCAGUAACCAUUUAUUGGUCUCCACCAGAGAAAUUGUCACACAAAGUCGAUCAUUACAUUGUUAAUUUAACCGCUUUGCAUAGCUUUGAUGAAGACGAUGCUAAUGAUGAAGAUGAUGUGUUACGUUCACCCGAAAAAGUAAUUAUUCGUUCAGUGCCUAACAGUCAAAAUACAGUAACGAUAAAUUAUUUGAAUCCACUGACGAUGUAUGCUAUCACCGUAACUGCAGUCAAUGAUUUUGGUUCGAGUCUGCCAAGUGAACGUUUACGUAUUUUCACUCACAACAGCGACUCAGCAGCUGAACAGCAAGCCGGUCAGACCAAUAAAACGAAUGCACCAGAUUUGCCAGACAUACGUGGUUGCUGUGAAGCGAAUGGCAUGACACAUCGCAUGUGCUUGGAAAAGAUGUGUGAUCCACAAAAAGCUGACUUGGCACGUUUGCCGGACUUUAUGGUUUGCGCGCCUUGGACGAAUAUCACGUUCAAUUGCUUGGCAAAUAAUAUCGAUCAUACGCCAUGCUGUCGUUCACGAGGCAUCCCAACCGCUUGCUUUCCUUUGUGCACCGGUCAGGUUACAGCGUUGAACUUUAGUUUAUUUAAGUGUUUGCGUUUUAUGCCUGAGUUCAGCAGUUGCCUCUUUCAGGGAUAUGGGGUGCUAGCGGGGCCACCAUCGAAAAUCGUAACAGUGGCAAAAACAGAUAAUUUCGUUAUACUGGAUUGGAAUAAACCAAAAACUUUACCCGAGACCAUAAGCAGUUAUCACGUUAAAUUUCGGCGUUUGGGCGUUGGUGAGGACUACCUCACAAUUGAAAAGAAAGCACCUCCUCUAAUCCUAGAGGGUUUAGAACCUGAAGCAUACUAUGAGUUUUACGUGGUAUCGGUGAACUCCUACGGCAAAAGUGAACCUUCACCUCGUUUAAUAACUCGAACACAACCAGCUAAGAUUGAAGAAGAAACUGAAAGUCCUUAUAAUAUGACAACAUGCUGCAAAGCUUCUGGCCUAUUACCACAAUGUGCACCCCUGUGUAGCUAUAAUAUUCGCAUGUCUGAUAUAGAAAAAUUGGGCCCAGCGUGCAGAGCUCAAAUGCCUGUAAUUGCUCGCUGCGCCGCUGGUGGUCGCGAUCAUACACCUUGCUGCAAUCGACGCGGUGUCAUACCAGCCUGCCUGACACUCUGCCGCGGCGUAAUGCCCGUAACAACUUCAGCAACGGCCUUGCCAGAUUGUUUAUCUUACGCUGGCAACAUACUUCAGUGCCUCGAAGAAGGCACUAGAUUUAUACCCGCACCCGUUGAAGAUGUGCACACCACUGCGAUUACGAAUUCAAGCAUUACUCUGGCUUGGGUAGCACCAAAGUUCGAGGGCGGCAACACGUCAAGCAAUCCAACAGAAAUAGCAGAGCCAACAGCAGCAACUGGUGAAUCUGAUGCAACCGUAAUGGAAGAGCAUGUUGACACUGAUUAUGCAGACAACAAAGAAGACGAUGCAACUAUGUCGUCAUCCUCUUCGACAGCAACGUCGACAUCGACAACGUCGCCAAUUGCAGAUAUUGAUUUUAUUGUGCAAUAUGGUAAAGUCAAUAACAUGACCAUGUAUGAGACCGUAGCUAAGCUGGAAAAUGAAUUGACCACCAACGAGACGAGCAUCGAUUUGACAAAUUUGGAGCCGCACGCAUUGUACCGCAUCAUGGUGGUGGCGCGUGGAAAAUUUGGCACAUCAUUACCAUCUUCAAUGCUGCUGAUCAAUACAACCGAGAAAGCUGAGGAUAGAGCAAAAGAUAUUUAUGGUGCACCAUCACCGCCACAUUCCUUGGCAGUUAUAGCGCAAAGUGCUACUUGGAUGCAGCUUACUUGGCAACCACCUGAGUAUUCGCAUCCACAUGAAAAAAUCUCUUACAGAGUCUAUCACAAGCCCAUGAAAGCGGAAAAAUUCUUUCAAAUUGAAACGAAAGUUGCAUUCUUACGCAUGAACAAUUUGAAACCGAGCUCUCAACACAUACUCUAUGUGGAAGCAAUUGGUGAGAAGGCGACGUCAUUACCUUCAGAAACGUUAGUUGCAUGGACCGAUCCGGCAUUACCAGCUUUUGUCGAUCCACCGACAGUGCAUCCGGCAGAUAAUGUAGCUGAAGGCGGUUCAAUGACAAUUUUAUGCUUAGCUUUGGGUAAUCCAGCGCCUACGAUAUCUUUGUACGUGGGUGGACAUUUAGUGCGUCAGGACACUUCCAGGCAUAUGGUUACUGUAAUCCACAAUGUCACCGCCGACAUGGAACAUGUGUCCUGCUAUGCUGAUAACGGUUACGGCGUGCCAAUGCAGGCAACCAGACGUGUUAACAUUUGCUAUCCACCAAAAAUACAAGCAGCGAGCGUUACCGUUGCUGCUGUUGAUGAUGAAGUAGUUCUGCGUUGUAUGGUCAAUUCGAAUCCGGAACCUAAAACAAUUUUCUGGCGAGAUCAUGACGGUCGUAUUCCUGUAAUACAAGGCGGCAAUUAUGACAUAUCAAUGAAAACUAACGAAUCACGUCCUACGCUCUACACAAUGACGUUGCGCAUUAAUAAAUUGCAAGCGACUGAUGUUGGUGAUUAUUUCUGUCAUGCAGAGAAUCCUUUCGGUGCAUCGACAAUACCUGUUUCGGUGCGUAUACGCAACACUCCGCCCCUGCAUCAGAACGUUUCGGAAUGUUGUGCUCAAAUGAAUGUAUCGCUACCGUGUCGCAAUGCGUGCAGCUACUAUGUUGACAUCGAUGCAAUUGCCGAUAGGCCAGAGUGUAUUGUUGACUUUGAUAAGCUCAUGAAAUGUGCUGCCGAUGGCUCAGAUCAUCGGUCAUGUUGUGCGGAUGCUAAUGUGCCACGUAAAUGCCUAAAUUGGUGUCGAGGUGAAGCGGUGCGCUCGAAAGAAAUUUGCAGUCUGCAAUAUGCGCGCACCAUUGUUGGUUGCUUCGAGUCAAAUAGGGACCGUUUACCUGGCCCACCUGAGAAUAUUGCGGUUAGUGUGGUUUCGGAAAGUGAAGUUGUCAUUAAAUGGGAUCCACCUUCAAAGAAUCCAAAUGUAGUCGAUGGAUAUAGAAUAUUCUAUCAUGAAUCAGCUUUAUUGCCGCAUGAUUCGGGCGAAUCAAAUUUGGAUGCUAUGGGAAAUGGCACCAGCAUGCCGAAUACAACGGAAAUACGUCGCAUAGAUGUUAAGGAUACUUCUGUUAAUAUAGAAGGUCUAAAGAAGGAUGUGCUCUACGAAUUAGUAGUAAAAGCUGGCAAUACGUUUGGUGCCAGUGUCUUAACAGAACCCAUCAAAUUCACACUCGGUGAUAAUCAUGUCACAUCAGCGACAACAUAUUCGCAUGCUGUUGGCACAAUCAGCGGCAUUAUUGCCAGCAUAUUGGCAAUAUUGCUGGCAGCAGCAGCCAUAAUAUUCUAUCGACGCCAUCGAGCAAACGGUAAGAUAGCUGGCAAUGGUGUAGCUUUUGAAAAUCCCACAUACACUCGUGGUCUGGAACAAGUGCAGUUACCUACUGUGACAUCAGCCAUAACAAAUAGCGGCACCACCUCACAGCCACCAACGCGCGAUGUCACAGAUGGCAUCAACAGCACAGAUGCGCACUCAACCCAAUGCAAAGAAGUAAAUCCCACAAUUUAUGAAGAGCUCAAACUUGGCCAAGAAGACUCAUUACGUGUCAAGGUUCACUGGGCUUACGACUUUUAAUUACCAGUGCCAUACGCAAUUAGUCUUUUGGCUAAGAUACAAGUCAGCGGGUAAGCGAACGAACAAUGAAUGCGUGAAUUAGCCAGCAUAAAACAAAGGACAUGAGGUCCAGCCAAAAGCAAGGGCCAAGGUCCUUGCGUGAGUCUAUGUUAUUAUAUUUCAAUGCACACUUUGAAUAUAAAUUAAAAAAAGCUUCUGUUUUUCUUCGCCGUUACGAUUAUGAUUUUGUUAUUUACUACCAAAAUGAUUUGUUUCUGCUACUCUUUCUGUUUAUGGAGUUUUUUUUAUAGA